AUGGUCGCCAGUGCCGGCCUCUUUGCGCCAACCAUACGCUAUCACCAAGGCACUUUCUACAUCAUUUGCACGAAUGCAACGCACGACCAGGACACGUUCGCCCUGGACAACUUCUACAUUUCCACUACCGAUAUCUGUUCAGGUAGAUGGUCCGACCCAAUUCGUUUCCCUUUCAACGGUAUCGACCCCAGUCUGUACUUUGACGACGACGGUCGCGCCUACGUCCAGGGAUGCUGGAUGAUAGACCGCCUCAAACAACCCAGCUGCACGAUCAAGCAAUUCGAAAUUGAUAUCGCAACGGAUAAGGCCAUAAGCGACACCUGCGAAAUUUGGGGCGGUUUUGCGCGCUACGAUACCGAGGGUCCUCAUAUUUACAAGCGAGGAGGCUACUAUUACCUCCUCGUCGCCGAAGGCGGCACCUUUGAGCAUCACAUGUUGAGCAUCGGACGCUCAAAAGACAUCUGGGGACCCUACGAGUCGUGCGAGACGAACCCUAUCAUGACUGCCGAUGGGACACCAGACGAGUACAUUCAGAAUAUUGGCCAUGGCGAAUUGUCCCAGGACCAGAGCGGCGCUUGGUGGGCUGCCGUCCUUGGUGUGCGGAACGAGAACGGUCGUCCGCCGCUUGGGCGGGAAACAUUUCUUACCGCGGUCGAUUGGCCGGAAGACAGGUGGCCGACGAUUCAGCAACCCGCGAUGGAUAAAUCACUGAUCCACGAGGCUCUGGCAGGUGUUGAUCUCGUAUACAUCCGCGAUCCUGAGUUCGACAGGUACCACAUUAGCGGCGCGAAAGACUUCACACUGCGGUGCAGUGCAAGCAACUUAUCUGCUCCUACCGGUACCAGCACCUUUGUCGGCAAGCGACAGAGAUCUAUUAGAUCUAUUGAUGCCUCUGCUUCUGUAAGACUCAAAGUUGCCAGGGCCACAAGAGGGAAGUCUGUAAGAGCUGGGCUCGCCAUUUAUAAGGAUGCACCGCGGCACGUCUCUCUUUCCUUUGAUUUCGAGUCUUCAGAAGUGUUGUUCAAAGUGACGACAACAACAGAGUACAAGCUUCAGUCAACUCCCAUUCCAGUAAACGUUGACACAACUGUCCUGGGAAUGCGUCUGGAAGCAACUGCGCAGGAGUGCACAUUUAUGUAUCGCGAGAACGAUCUGGGGGACUGGAUAGAAGCGGGGACGGCGCGAGUUGCCGACUUGGUUGAGAGAGAGAUGACAGGUCCGAUCUUUGGUGUCUUUGCGCACGCUUUGGUGGAGGAAACCAUCGGUUCCGAGGUUCAAUUCAGCAGUUUCGUGAUAGACAGCAAUACGGCGGCAGUUGAAUUGAACCCCAGCAUUCGGAACAAAAUUAAGCAUGAUUUUGUCAGAGCUGGGUAA